AUGAAUAACACCAAGAUUCAUUUCAAAUGGGUAGAAAAGGCUAUCAAAGAAAAUUAUAUCAAAUAUUAUAAUUAUGCUGAAUUCAAAGAUGUUCAAGAAAUUUAUAGCAGGUCGGUUGCCAAAACUUUUAGAGCAAAAUGGAAAGAUACCGAUAUGGUCAUGAAAUAUUUGUAUAAAUUAUCCAUUGAAGAGGUG